UUGUUACCAAAAUGUGCUCUUCACCUUGCUAACCAUCUGAAUCAUGACCUUCCUGUUGUGUCUCUCAAUGUAUCUGGUGUUGAUUAUAAUUUUCUCAUUGAUACCGGCGCCACGCUCUCUUCGCUAUGAGGGGCCUUUAUCAUCUAGAAUCACUAGCUCUGUGGGUAUUACAGGACAGCCCUUCUCAUCUCCGUAUACGCCCCCACUUCAGGUUGUAUGCGACGCAGUGCGAUUUACUCAUUCUUUCGUGUUCAUGCCAGAUUGUCCCUUUAACCUUAUGGGGCGGGAUUUAAUGAGUAAACUUGGUCUAUCCCUGUCCUUUUCUGGUUCGCGCAUGACCGUGUCCACGGGAGAUUUCAAUCGCGAUCUCAACAUCGCCAAUAAAUCCUUUAAAUCACCUGUGUCUGCUCUGCUGUCUGUCUCACACGCCUCAGAGGUUCCUGAGCCUCUGCGUUCUAUACCACACACUGUUUGGGCUGCACAUAGGGAUGAUGUUGGCAGGGUUGACUGUAAACCAUAUGAGGCUACUCUAAAAAGCCCCACUCCUGUUUUUGUUAAACAAUACCCUUUGCCCGAGCACAAACUGUGUGGUAUAGACUCUAUUCUACAGAAACUUCUCUCUUUAGGUGUGGUCGUCCCAUGUCAAAGUGCUUAUAACACACCGAUUAACCCAGUCCCCAAGCCGGACGGUUCUUGGCGAUUCACUCAAGAUUUUCGACGCCUUAAUGACGCCAUCGUGCCUAUCGCCCCAAUUGUGCCUGAUGUCUCUUCGAUAUUGACCUCCAUUCCGUGUCAACACGCAUUUUUUACUGUUUUAGACGUUAGUUCUGCUUUUUUCAGCAUUCCUGUUGAACCUGACACCCAGACGAUUUUCGCUUUCACUCAUCGCCAACGCCAAUACACGUGGUCUCAUUUGCCGCAAGGUUUCUGCGACUCGCCUGCGACGUUCGCCGCGUCGCUCUGAGACCUCAUUUCUGACCUUUCCCUCCCCGGGGGUGCUGUGCUCCUGCAGUAUGCAGAUGACCUUCUGAUUUCGGCCCCUGACAGCUCCACGUGCACUGAGGCAUCUAAACUGGUCAUCAUGCGCUUGGCUACACUGGGCUUCAAGGUUUCACUAAAGAAACUGCAGUUCUGCCUACCCCGGGUCCAAUAUCUGGGUCAUGAACUAUCUCAAGGUCAACGCCUCCUCUCCGCUGACCGAGUGUCAUGCAUCACGCAGCUUCCCAAGCCCGCCACCAAGCAGGCUAUGAUGUCUUUCCUCGGCCUCAUCAAUUACUGCAGACAGUGGAUUCCUGACUGCUCCGCGCAUGACAAAACACUGCGUGCCUCCUUCACUCACGAACAGGCCAUGACUCAUCGCCUCACAUGGACUACAGCCAUGAACUGUGCAUAUUCUGCUCUACUGUCCUCACUGCAGUCUGCACCAGCCUUGGGCCUGCCCAACUACGCUCUGCCAUUUCACCUGUGGGUGUCGGAGUCGGGGGGCACUGCUGCUGCGGUUCUGGCUCAGCCCCACGGGGGAGGUUUGCGCCCUUGCGCAUAUUAUUCUAAAACAUUGGAGGUUACGGCCCGAGGCCU